UGUGAGAAACACUGGCUUUAAGUGUUUGAGGAGUAUUUGAGUUUUAGUAAGAGAUCUUUAAAGAUUAAGUAUGAGUGAAGCUUUUAAAGUCUUUACUUGUUAAAAUCAAGAUAAAGUAAAAUGCUGUUUCCCAUCUGUGGUUCAGGAAAUUCGGUGAGCUGAGGUCCUGGAAUGAGACCUUCUAGGGUCUCACUUUCGGCUUUACAGCUAGGACAGGAAUUCUAACUCAUCUUAGAUAAAUUCUCAUCCAGGUUCUUCUUAAAUUUUUCAGGUGACAAGGAAACUUAAGUACCCUGUACAGUGACACAUUCUAGUUGCAGAUGCCUCACAUCUUGCUUUUAUAAGUCAGUAAGAAAGACCAACAACUCAAUAGGUAAUCAAUUGGCGAAGGACCUGAAAAAGCACUUCCCAGACAAAAGAAAAUACCAAUGACUUAUAAACAUGAAAAGCUAUUAUGCUGGUAGACUACAAUUGAAGCUACAUCUAUAUAUGUUGAUACGUAAUAAUAUCCAAGGCUUUAAGUGGAGGAAAACAAGGUACAGAAAGUCUUGCGCCGCAUAACAACGCUUCGGUCAGUGAUGAACCACAUACGACGGUGGUCCCAUAAGAUUAUAUAUGGUCCCAUAUAGCCUAGGUGUGUAGUAGGCUAUACCAUCUAGGUUUGUAGAAGAAGAAAAUGAGGCAAAGAUUGAAAAUGUGCAGAAAACAGGUUUCAUCAAAGGACCAAUGUUCAAAGGUGUUGCUUCUAGUCGAUUUUUGCCCAAAGGCACCAAGACAAAAGUUAAUUUGGAGGAACAGGGACGACAGAAGGUGUCAUUCAGCUUUAGCCUUACAAAGAAAACUUUGCAGAACAGAUUUCUGACUGCACUUGGCAGUGAAAAGCAAAAUGACACUCAGAACUCCCCAACUGUACCUCUUCAAGUAGACUUGACCCCUAAAAUUAAAAUGGACAUUGGAGAUACCUUGUCUACUACAGAAGAAUCCUCCCCACCAAAAUCAAGAGUAGAAUUGGGCAAAAUUCAUUUUAAGAAACAUCUGCUUCAUGUAACAUCCAGGCCACUGCUGACUACUACCACAGCAUUGGCAUCUCCGCCUCCUCCCAUAGUACCAUUACCAGCAGUCAUAGCAGAAUCAACAACUGUAGACUCGCCACCCCUGUCUCCACCUCCACCACCUCCACCUCCCCAAGCCACAACAUCCUCACCACCAGCAGCAAUAACAGAGCCAGUGGCCUUGCCACAUACACCAGUAACAGUUCUGAUGACAGCACCAGUAGAUGUAGCAGUUAGAGCCCUGAAGGAACCACCAGUUACAAUUGUACCAGAAUCUUCAGAAGUGGACACUAAGCAGGACACUGUAUCUAAUAGUUCAGAAGAACACAUAACUCAAAAUUUGAAUGAGCAAGCAGAUAUUCCCUCACGAAAAGAUUCCCAUAUUGGGAAGGGAGAAGAAAUUCCAGAUAGUUCUAAAAGUAGUCUGGGCUCUAAAAAAACAGAUUCUAAGAAGAAAUCUUCACAAUCUGAAGGCACCUUUUUUGGUUCAGAAUCUGAUGAAGAUUCUGUGAGGACUUCCUCAAGUCAAAGAUCACAUGAUUUAAAAUUUUCAGCAAGCAUUGAAAAAGAAAGAGAUUCAAAAAAGAGUUUAGCACCUUUAAAAAGUGAGGAUUUAGGAAAAUCUUCACGAUCUAAAACAGAGAGAGAUGAUAAGUAUUUUAGCUACUCAAAACUUGAAAGAGAUACUCGGUAUAUAUCUUCUCGAUGUAGAUCAGAGAGAGAGCGAAGGCGGAGCAGAUCUCGUUCUAGAUCUGACAGAGGCUCUAGAACUAGUUUAUCCUAUUCUCGGUCAGAACGAUCCCAUUAUUACGACUCUGAUCGGCGCUACCAUAGGAGUUCCCCUUAUCGAGAGAGGGCACGGUAUUCUCGGCCAUAUACAGAUACCAGGGCCCGAGAGAGUUCCGACUCAGAAGAUGAGUAUAAGAAGACAUAUUCAAGGCGCACCUCAUCUCAUUCCUCCUCUUACAGAGACCCAAGGACAUCAUCAUCCUAUUCUAAAUCUGACCGGGACUGCAAAACUGAGUCCUCUUACUUAGAGAUGGAGAAAAGAGGAAAGUAUUCUUCAAAACUAGAAAGAGAAUCCAAAAGGACUUCAGAAAAUGAAGCAAUGAAAAGAUGUUGUUCUCCCUCUAAUGAACUGGGAUUCCGACGGGGGUCAUCAUAUUCCAAGCACGAUAACAGUGUUUCCCGUUAUAAAUCUGCCCCUUCAAAAUCUGUACCCAAGUCUGAUAAAUUUAAAAAUUCUUUCUGUUGUACAGAAUUAAAUGAGGAAAUCAAACAGUCUCAUUCUUUUAGUUUACAGACUCCUUGUUCAAAAGGUAGUGAAUUAAGAAUGAUUAGUAAAAUUCCUGAAAGACAAAAGACUGGAUCUCCAUCUCCAUCAAAUCGAUUAAAUGAUUCACCUACUUUUAAAAAGCUAAAUGAAUCGCCUAUUUUUAAGUCUGAAUUUAUAGGACAUGAUAGCCAUGAUAGUAAUAAGGAGUUAGAUUCUUUAUCUAAAGUGAAGAAUGAUCAGUUAAGAAGUUAUUGUCCCAUAGAAUCAAAUAUAAAUGGAUCCCCCGGGACAGAAUCUGAUUUGGCAACAUUUUGCACUUCUAAAACUGACACUGUUUUUAUGUCUUCUGAUGAUAGUGUGACUGGAUCGGAGGUAUCCUCUUUGGUCAAAGCAUGCAUGCUUUCAUCAAAUGGAUUUCAGAAUAUUAAUAGAUGUAAAGAAAAAGACUUGGAUGAUACUUGCAUGCAGCAUAGUAAGUCAGAAAGCCCAUUUACAGAAACAGAACCUCCGGUGUCACCACACCAAGAUAAACUCAUGUCUUUGCCAGUUAUGACUAUAGAUUAUUCCAAAACAGUAGCUAAAGAACCAGUUGAUAUGAGAGUUUCUUGCUGUAAAACCAAAGAUUCAGAUAUAUACUGUACUUCAAAUGACAGCAACCCUUCUUUGUGUUAUUCUGAAGCUGAAAAUAUUGAACCUUCAGUUACAAAGAUUUCUUCAAAUAGCUUUAUGAAUGUGCAUUUGAAAUCAAAACCAGUGAUAUGUGAUAAUAGAAAUCUGACAGAUCAGCAUGCAAAAUUUGCAUAUGAAGAAUAUAAGCAGAGUGUUGGUAGCGCUAGUUCAGCUUCUGUUAAUCAUUUUGAUGAUUUAUAUCAACCUAUAGAGAGUUCAGGUAUUGCGUCAUCUCUUCUGAGUCUUCCACCAGGAAUAAAAAUGGACAAUUUAACUCUCUUGCAACGUGGAGAGAACACAUCUCCACUUUUGGAUGCUGUGCCGAAGAAUAAAAGCACAGAAUUUUUAAAGCAUGCAGAGAAAGAAACAAUAGUAGAAGUAGGUAGUGGCCUUCCUGAUUCAGGAAGGGGAUUUGCUUCCUGGGAAAAUAGGCAUAAUAAUGGGUUAUCUGGGAAAUGUGUACAAGAGGCUCAAGAAGAAGGGAAUUCCAUAUUACCUGAUAGAAGAAGAGGACCAGAAGUCUCGUUAGAUGAAGAAGGUGGAAGAGGACAUGCACAUACUUCUGAUGAUUCAGAAGUUGUAUUUUCUUCUUGCGAUUUGAAUUUAACCAUGGAAGACAGUGACAGUGUAACAUAUACCUUAAAAUGUGACAGUAGUGGUCAUGCCUCAGAGAUUGUGUCUACUGUCCAUGAAGAUUAUUCUGGUUCUUCUGAAAGUUCAAGUGAUGAAAGUGAUUCAGAAGAUACAGAUUCUGAUGACAGCAGUAUUCCAAGAAACCGUCUUCAGUCUGUUGUGGUUGUGCCAAAGAACUCUACUUUGCCCAUGGAAGAAACAAGCCCUUGUUCUUCACGGAGCAGUCAGAGUUACAGACACUAUUCUGACCACUGGGAAGAUGAGAGAUUGGAGUCAAGGAGACAUUCAUAUGAGGAAAAAUUUGAGAGUAUAGCUCGUAAAGCCUGUUCUCAAACGGAGAAGUUCUUCCUUCAUAAAGGAAUAGAGAAGAAUCCAGAAAUUUCUUUUACACAGCCCAGCAGAAAACAAAUAGAUAACCACCUCCCUGAAAUUGCUCACCCUCAGAGUGAUGGGGUUGAUAGUACAAGUCAUACAGAUGUGAAAUCUGACCCUCUAGGUCAUCCAAAUUCUGAGGAAACAAUGAAAGCCAAAAUAGCUACUAGGCAGCAAGAAGAGCUGCCAGUUUAUUCUUCUGAUGAUUUUGAAGAUGUCCCAAAUAAGUCUCGGCAACAGACCAUUUUCCCUAACAGAACAGAUAGUAGACUGGGAAAAACAGAGUUGAGUUUUUCUUCCUGUUGUGAGAUCUCCCGAGUGGAUGGCUUUCAUUCAUCAGAAGAGCUCAGAAACCUAGGGUGGGACUUCUCUCAACAAGAAAAGCCUACUACUACAUAUCAGCAACCUGACAGCAGCUAUGGAGCCUGUGGUGGACACAAGUAUCAGCAAAGUGCAGAACAGUAUGGUGGGACACGUAAUUACUGGCAAGGCAAUGGCUACUGGGAUCCAAGAUUGGCAGGUAGACCUCCUGGAACUGGGGUUGUAUAUGAUCGAAUUCAGGGGCAAGUACCAGAUUCCUUAACAGAUGACCGUGAAGAGGAGGAAAAUUGGGAUCAAUGUGGAGGAUCUCACUUUUUAAGCCAGUCCAGUAAAUUUUUUCUGUCCCUUCAGAAGGACAAGGGGUCAGUGCAAGCACCUGAAAUAAGCAGCAAUUCCAUUAAGGACUCUUUAGCUGUGAAUGAAAAGAAAGAUCUUUCAAAAAAUUUAGAAAAAAGUGAUAUGAAAGAUAGAGGGCCUCCUAAAAAAAGGAGGCAAGAAUUGGAGAGUGAUUCUGAAAGUGAUAGUGAGCUUCAGGACAGAAAGAAAGUCAGAGUGGAGGUAGAGCAGAGAGAGACAGCAGUACCCCCAGGGUCAGCACUGGUUGGGCCUUCCUGUGUCAUGGAGGACUUCAGGGACCCACAGCGAUGGAAGGAAUGUGCCAAGCAAGGGAAGAUGCCUUGUUACUUUGAUCUGAUUGAAGAAAAUGUUUAUUUAACAGAAAGAAAGAAGAAUAAAUCCCAUCGGGAUAUUAAGCGAAUGCAGUGUGAGUGUACACCUCUUUCUAAAGAGGAAAGAGCUCAAGGUGAAAUAGCAUGUGGGGAAGAUUGUCUUAAUCGUCUCCUCAUGAUUGAAUGUUCUUCUCGGUGUCCAAAUGGGGAUUAUUGUUCCAAUAGACGGUUUCAGAGAAAACAACACGCAGAUGUGGAAGUCAUACUUACAGAAAAGAAAGGCUGGGGCUUGAGAGCUGCCAAAGACCUUCCUUCGAACACAUUUGUCCUGGAAUAUUGUGGAGAGGUACUUGAUCAUAAAGAGUUUAAAGCCCGGGUAAAGGAGUAUGCACGAAACAAAAACAUCCACUACUAUUUCAUGGCCCUGAAGAAUGAUGAGAUAAUAGAUGCCACUCAGAAAGGAAAUUGCUCUCGUUUCAUGAAUCACAGCUGUGAACCAAACUGUGAGACUCAAAAAUGGACUGUGAAUGGACAACUGAGGGUUGGGUUUUUUACCACCAAACUGGUUCCUUCAGGCUCAGAGUUAACAUUUGACUAUCAGUUCCAAAGAUAUGGAAAAGAAGCUCAGAAAUGUUUCUGUGGGUCAGCUAAUUGCCGGGGUUACCUGGGAGGAGAGAACAGAGUCAGCAUCAGAGCAGCAGGAGGGAAAAUGAAGAAGGAACGCUCUCGUAAGAAGGAUUCAGUGGAUGGAGAGCUAGAAGCUCUGAUGGAGAACGGUGAGGGUCUCUUUGAUAAAAACCAGGUGCUCAGCUUAUCCCGGUUAAUGGUUAGAAUUGAAACUUUGGAGCAGAAACUUACCUGUCUCAAGCUCAUACAGAACACACACUCGCAGUCUUGCCUGAAGUCCUUUCUGGAACGUCAUGGGCUGUCUUUGCUGUGGAUCUGGAUGGCAGAGCUAGGUGACGGCCGGGAAAGUAACCAGAAGCUUCAGGAAGAGAUUAUAAAGACUUUGGAACACUUACCCAUUCCUACUAAAAAUAUGUUGGAGGAAAGCAAAGUACUUCCAGUUAUUCAACGUUGGUCUCAGACCAAGACUGCUGUCCCUCAGUUGAGUGAAGGAGAUGGGUAUUCUAGUGAGAAUACAUCACGUGCUCAGACACCACUCAACACACCUGAUCCUUCUACCAAGCUGACCACAGAAGCUGACACAGACACCCCCAAGAAACUCAUGUUUCGCAGACUUAAAAUUAUAAGUGAAAAUAGCAUGGACAGUGCAAUCUCUGAUGCUACCAGUGAGCUAGAAGGCAAGGAUGGCAAAGAGGACCUUGACCAGUUAGAAAAUGUUCCUGUAGAAGAAGAGGAAGAGUUACAAUCACAACAGCUACUCACACAACAGCUGCCUGAAUCUAAAGUUGAUAGUGAAAUCGCCAUGGAGACCAGUAAGCUACCCACAUCUGAACCAGAGGCUGACACUGAAAUAGAGCCUAAAGAGAGCAGUGGCACAAAACUAGAAGAACCUAUUGCUGAGGAAAUACCGUCUCAAGAUGAAGAGGAGGGUGUAUCUGAUGUGGAGAGUGAGAGGAGCCAGGAACAGCCAGAUAAAACAGUAGAUAUAAGUGAUUUGGCCACCAAACUCCUGGACAGUUGGAAAGACCUCAAGGAGGUAUAUCGGAUUCCAAAGAAAAGUCAAGCUGAAAAGGAGAACACAAUAACUGAACGAGGAAGGGAUACUGUUGGCUUCAGAGAUCAAACAGCUGCCCCAAAGACUCCUAACAGGUCAAGAGAGAGAGACCCAGACAAGCAAACUCAAAAUAAAGAGAAAAGGAAACGAAGGGGCUCCCUCUCACCACCCUCUUCUGCCUACGAGCGGGGAACAAAAAGGCCAGAUGACAGAUAUGAUACACCAACUUCUAAAAAGAAAGUACGAAUUAAAGACCGCAAUAAACUUUCUACAGAGGAGCGUCGGAAGUUAUUUGAGCAAGAGGUGGCUCAACGGGAGGCUCAGAAACAACAGCAGCAGAUGCAGAACCUGGGAAUGACAUCUCCACUGCCCUAUGACUCUCUUGGCUACAAUGCUUCUCAUCACCCCUUUGCUGGCUACCCACCAGGUUAUCCCAUGCAGGCUUAUGUGGAUCCCAGCAACCCUAAUGCUGGAAAGGUGCUCCUCCCCACACCCAGCAUGGACCCUGUAUGUUCUCCUGCUCCUUAUGAUCAUUCUCAGCCCUUGGUGGGACAUUCUACAGAACCCCUUGCUGCCCCUCCACCUGUACCAGUGGUGCCACAUGUGGCAGCGCCUGUGGAAGUUUCCAGUUCACAGUAUGUGGCUCAAAGUGAUGGUGUGGUACACCAAGACUCCAGCGUUGCUGUCUUGCCAGUGCCAGCCCCAGGCCCAGUCCAGGGACAGAAUUAUGGUGUUUGGGAUUCAAACCAACAGUCUGUCACUGUACAGCAGCAGUACUCUCCUGCACAGUCUCAAGCAACCAUAUAUUAUCAAGGACAGACUUGUCCAACUGUCUAUGGUGUGACAUCGCCCUAUUCACAGACAGCUCCACCAAUUGUACAGAGUUAUGCCCAACCAAAUCUUCAGUACAUCCAGGGACAACAGAUUUUCACAGCUCACCCACAAGGAGUGGUGGUACAGCCAACCGCGGCCGUGACUACAAUAGUUGCACCAGGGCAGCCUCAGCCUUUACAGACACCUGAAAUGGUUGUGACAAAUAAUCUCCUGGAUCUGCCACCCCCCUCUCCUCCCAAACCAAAAACCAUUGUCUUACCUCCCAACUGGAAGACAGCCCGAGAUCCAGAAGGGAAGAUUUAUUACUACCAUGUGAUCACAAGGCAGACUCAGUGGGAUCCUCCUACUUGGGAAAGCCCAGGAGAUGAUGCCAGCCUUGAGCAUGAAGCUGAGAUGGACCUGGGAACCCCAACAUAUGAUGAAAACCCCAUGAAGACCUCAAAAAAGCCUAAGACAGCAGAAGCAGACACCUCCAGUGAGCUGGCUAAGAAAAGUAAAGAAGUAUUCAGAAAAGAGAUGUCCCAGUUCAUCGUCCAGUGCUUGAACCCUUACCGGAAACCUGACUGCAAAGUGGGAAGAAUUACCACAACUGAAGACUUUAAACACCUAGCUCGCAAGCUGACUCACGGUGUUAUGAAUAAGGAGCUGAAGUACUGUAAGAACCCUGAGGACCUGGAGUGCAAUGAGAACGUGAAACACAAAACCAAGGAGUACAUUAAGAAGUACAUGCAGAAGUUUGGGGCUGUUUACAAACCCAAAGAGGACACUGAAUUAGAGUGACUUAUGAGGCCAGGGUGGGAGGACGGGUGAGCAGGUAGGACAGACUCUGGGGAGAAGAAAUCCUGUGGGCCCUCUCUGCCCCACCCACUGUCAGGGCUGUGCUACUGAUGACACAUCACCCUGGGGAAUUCAAACCUGCAGAUUUCAACUGAAAGCCACAAAAAUGAGCUCUAUCCACAAGUGAUCCCUGGUCUUGAGCUGUUGGGGUGUGGUUAGAGGCCAUCAGAGGCAAGGGCUUAGGGAAGACCCUUUCCUCUAAAACUCUGGCCAGGUCUGACCCCACUCUCAAACCUGGGUCUCCUCCUUGGCGGUGCUGUCAGCGCACAGACCCAUGCGCACCCCCACCCUUGACCCCUUACCCUGACGAUUUGUAUUAUAUUUUAAUGUAUAUGUGAAUAUAUUGAAAAUAAUUUGUUUUUUCCUGGUUUUUGUUUGUUUUUUGUUUUGCUUUUAGCCUCUACGUGCUAGGAUCACAGGAAGACUUUGUAAGGACGGUUUAAGUUCUCCUGCAAGGUUUAAUUUGUUAUCAUGUAAAUAUUCCAAAGCAGGCUGCCUUGUGGUUUUGGCCAGCCUUGUGCUAUGUUGAUAAGAUUGAUUUACUGCUUAAAAUCACUUUACUUUAUCCAAUUUUUACUGAACUUUUUAUGUAAAAAAUAAAAUCAAUUAAAGAACUUGG